AUGCCUGUGGGGCCCCCUGGUCUAGGGGGCCCCGAAGCUUUUAGUUAUACACCUUUUGAAGAUAUUGAGUUUAUAGGUGCAGCAGCAGCAGCAGGGGCUGAUGCAGCGCGUGUUGGAACAGGAGAAGCAGCAGCAGACGCAGCAGCUGCAGCAGAACGCGAAAUAGCGGCAGCAGCAACAGCAGCAGCAGCAUUAGAAGCAGCAGCAGGGGCUGCAACAGCAGCACCACAUCACCCUAAGAGGGUGUCUUCUCGCUCUUUCUUUGUUGCUGCUCUUGGCUUGCUGCUGCUUUUUGCUGCUUCUGUCUGCUCUACCUCAAAACGUUCUAGCAGCAAACCUGCAGAGACAGUUGAAUCAGAAGCAGCACAGAGCCCUCUGCUACCAUGCGAGGGGUUUUUCUCUCAUUCUCCUGCUGCAGAGGACAGCCGAUCGGAAGCUGAAGAGGUGCAACAAAUCACUGCAGCAGCAGCAGCAGCAGCAGCAGCAGAUGUUGAGGCAGUGUUGCAGGUAUUUGGGUUUACCGUUUAUCUACAUUUGGGUGGGUGGGGAAAAGGGAGCGCACUUCUUCCUCUGCAGCAGCAGCAGCAACAGCAGCAGCAGCAGCAGCAGCAGCAGCAGCAGCAAAAUCAGCAGGGGAAGGAGGGGGCGCAGCAUCGGUCCGAGGAUCAGGAUCGUCAGCAGCGAAAGAAGCAGCAGCAGCAGCAGCGGCGGCGGCAGCAGCAGCAGCAGCAGCAGCAGCUUCUCCUCGUCCUUUGCGCUACAGCAGCCGCAGCAGCAGCAGCAGGGGCCCCCUUGGUACAGUGCGUAGACCUCUACGACGGCGUAGGGGGGCCCCGCGUCUGCGCAUCUCAGGCCGGUUGA